UCAAGAUCUUAUUUGAACAAUGACUUCCCUCGUCAGCAAGUUAUUAUUCCUUCUGUUUCUCUGUUAUUCCAUGAUAUGUCUAUCUUCUUGUAUCCCUAGCGAGGAACUUGACAGGUUCACAUCAGAGGAAGAAGUCUUAGGGCUAUUCCAGCUGUGGCAGAAGGAGCAAGGACGAGAGUAUGAAAAUCUGGAAGGGGAAGCCAAGAGAUUUGAGAUCUUCAAAGAGAACUUGAAGUACAUCAGAGAGACAAACGCAAAAAGAAAAUCACCCUUUGACCAUCGUUUGGGUCUCAACAAGUUUGCAGAUUUAAGCUACGAGGAGUUCAGUAAAACUCUCUUACCUGAGUUGGCAGUUAUAACCCAUGACAAUAUCACAAAACAAAGUGAAGAGUUGAAUGAUGAAUCAUGCGAUGCGCCUCCUUCCAUUGAUUGGAGGAGAAAAGGAGCUGUCACAAAAGUGAAGUAUCAAGGGGAUUGUGGAAGUUGCUGGGCAUUUGCUGCUACUGGCGCCAUGGAAGGACUUAAUGCAAUAGUCACAGGAAGGCACAGUGUGAGCCUCUCUGAUCAACAACUCGUAGAUUGUGUUCAGACAGCCAAGGGCUGUGAUGGUGGGUGGCCCUACCGUGCAUUUGAAUGGGUUGCAGAAAAUGGAAUUGUCAAAGAAGCUGAUUAUCUCUAUACUGCUACAAAUGGUACUUGCAAACCCACCAAGGAAAAACAGAUUGCUGUCACUUUGACUGGUUAUAAAAAUGUGACUUGGUUCUCAGAAAAAGCUUUAACUUGCGCAACCGUACAGCAGCCAAUUAGCGUGGUUCUAGAAGCAAAAGAUGAAUUCCGAUUUUACGAGGGUGGAAUAUUUGAAGGGAAAAACUGCACAGGUACGAUUAGAAUCAAUCAUGCUGUGACAAUCGUGGGGUAUGAUUCCAUUGAAGAUAGAGACUACUGGAUUGUAAGGAACUCAUGGGGACGAGAUUGGGGUCUGGACGGUUACAUGUAUAUCAAGCGAAACUCAAGUAACUCUCUUGGUUUUGGAGUAUGUGGAAUUGCUGCUUUUGGUGCUUACCCGACAAAAGAGAAACAAGUUGUGAAGCUUGAUUACGCGUCUAUAUGAAUAAGCCAGCUGGCGUUAUUAGCUAUAUAUUUGAAUAAGCCUGGCGUUAUGUAGUUGCACGGGACCUUGCGAGUUUAAUUUUGAGCUCUACAUGUGCAUGAAUGUCUUGGGCAUAAUGGCAGAAAAAGAUUA